GGCAACGUGAUUUUUAAAUUAUUUUUCCUUUUCAUUUUUAAAAGUUUUCAGUAUUUUAUUAAGAAAUAGAUAAAAUUACACUUGAAAUUUAGCUCUUUGUUUCCGUAUUAACAUUUCAGCUUAAAUUAUUAACGUUUUCGAAGAUAUUAAAAAGCAAAUGAAAUUAAUCGACGUGUUAGAUGCGGUCCUAUAAUGUUUCAAGAUGGACGACCUGAUUGCGAGUGUGACUUUGUAUAAACCAAGAAAUGUCUUAUUACACGGUUAUAUUGGACCUUUUAUUCUUCUCUAUUUCUCUUGGUUAUAUUUAUGGGUAUCUAUUUACGGUGUGCAAGAGUAUUACGAAGCUGGACUGAUUGUUUUCUCAUUCAUCGGUUUCCUGCAGAUUCUGGCAUGUUUAUUCUGUCAUUGGUCUGUCAAUAUAAAAUCUCUAUUUUGCUGUAAUAAGGUUGUUGAUCCAAAGAAAGCUGUAUUAGUCAAAGUGAAACCAACUCCAAAUAAUGGAUCUGCUGAAUUGGUUAAACUUCAUCAUUCAAAAGAUCAUGGUAUAUGGGAUAUUUGGUUUAUGUUUCAAAAAACAAAGUAUGUUUAUAAUGAUGAAAAGAAAACAUUUGUUGGAUUAGAAUUUCCUGUUGAUUUGUCUUUUGGCUAUUAUCAACAAUGGAAGGGAUAUGCAGAUGAAGAAGAAGUUAAAGCAGCAGAUAGAAAAUAUGGAAAAAAUGAAUUGGAAAUGGUAGUUCCUGAAUUUAUCGAAUUAUUUAAAGAAAGAGCAACAGCUCCAUUUUUUGUCUUUCAAGUGUUUUGUGUUUUACUUUGGUGUCUGGAUGAAUUUUGGUAUUACAGUGUAUUUACCUUAGUUAUGCUCAUAGCAUUUGAAUGUACAUUAGUUCAUCAACAACUUCGUAAUCUCUCAGAAAUUCGUAAAAUGGGAAAUAAGCCAUAUAUGAUACAGGUAUAUAGAAAUCGUAAAUGGAGACAGAUUGUUAGUAGUGAUCUUAUUCCUGGUGAUGUUGUAUCUGUAGGUAGAUCACAACAUGAUCACUUAGUACCCUGUGAUAUGUUACUUAUUAGAGGUCCAUGUAUUGUUGAUGAGUCAAUGUUAACUGGUGAAUCUGUUCCUCAAAUGAAGGAACCUAUUGAAAAUACUGAAUCUGACAGAUAUUUAGAUUUAGAAGUGGAUGGAAGAUUACAUAUUUUAUAUGGAGGUACUAGAAUCUUACAACAUACUUCACCUUCUAAAGCAAAUCCUGGAUUGAGAGCAACAGAUAAUGGCUGUAUUGCUUAUGUGUUAAGAACAAGUUUCAAUACUUCUCAGGGAAAAUUAUUAAGAACAAUUUUGUUUGGUGUGAAGCGUGUAACAGCUAAUAACCUAGAAACAUUUUGUUUCAUCUUAUUUUUACUAAUAUUUGCCAUUGCAGCUGCUGCUUAUGUUUGGAUUAAAGGCACAGAAGAUCCAACAAGAAAUAGAUACAAGUUAUUUUUAGAAUGUGCUCUCAUUUUAACAUCUGUAGUGCCUCCAGAAUUACCAAUUGAAUUAUCGUUAGCUGUUAACUCUUCAUUAUUAGCUCUUUCGAAGUUAUCUGUAUAUUGUACAGAACCUUUCAGAAUUCCAUUUGCAGGAAAAGUAGAAAUUUGUUGUUUUGACAAAACUGGGACACUUACUAGUGAUAAUUUUAUAGUGGAAGGAGUAGCAGCAUUAAAAGAUAAACCUAAAGUAUGUCCAAUAUCUGAAAUACCUGUUGAAAGUGUUCAAGUUUUAGCAACAUGCCAUUCAUUAGUUCAGAUGGAAGAUGGAAUGGUAGGAGAUCCUUUAGAGAAAGCCACACUAACAGCAAUUGAUUGGAACUUAACAAAAGGUGAUGCUGUGAUUCCUAAAAGAGGAAAACUGUUAGCAUUGAAAAUUUUUCAACGAUACCAUUUCUCAAGUGCAUUAAAACGAAUGUCUGUUAUUGCUGGUUAUAGUCUUCCAGGUUCUUCAGAGACCAAUUACAUUGGUACUGUUAAAGGAGCCCCAGAAACUUUAAAAAGAAUGUUCGCAAAUAUUCCAGAAAACUAUGACAGAAUUUACAUGGAAAUGUCAAGAAGGGGAGCCAGAGUUCUUGCAUUGGGUAGAAAAUCACUUGGAGUUCUCUCUCAUCAACAGAUUCGAGAUUUAACAAGAGAGUCUAUAGAAUGUAAUUUGGAAUUUGUAGGGUUUGUUGUUAUAUCAUGCCCUUUGAAACCAGAUUCAAAACUUGUCAUUAAAGAAAUCCAACAAGCCAGUCAUCAUGUUGUCAUGAUUACUGGUGAUGCUCCAUUAACAGCUUGUCAUGUUGCAAGAGAACUGAAAUUCACUAAAAGGGAAUUCACAAUGAUAUUAACUAUGUCACCGAAUAAUAAUUCUACUUGGCAGUGGAUUUCAAUUGAUGAAAGUAUCGUAUUACCUAUAGAGAAGAAUAGUAUUGAAGAACUAAUAUUAUCUUAUGAUUUGUGUAUAACAGGAGAAGGAAUGUAUUAUUUGGUUUCUGCAAAUGAAGAAUAUUUUAAGAGAAUCUUACCACAUGUAAAAAUUUUUGCUAGAGUAGCUCCAAAACAAAAGGAAUAUGUGAUUACAGCAAUGAAAAGUUUAGGAUAUGUCACAUUAAUGUGUGGUGAUGGAACAAAUGAUGUUGGUGCAUUAAAACAUGCUCAAGUUGGUGUUGCUCUUUUAUCCAAUGUUCCAGAAUUCUUACUUCAGAAAUCUUCAAAACAUGCCAUAGAUGAUUCUGCAGUAAAUGAAACUCACCCCUCUCAAUCUUCUAAUAAUGUCAUUCAUAAACUUGAAGCUAUGGCAGCAAAAGGAAAAUUAGGAAGGAGAUCUGAAAAUAAGGGAAGAACUUCAAGAAAUGCAGAGGUAGUUUUCAUAAAUUAUAUGAGGUGUGUUCAGUAA